CCUCCCAAUCAAACAAGGUAAUGGGAUCCUUCCCUUCCCUCCCAUUAGUCCCAUCCAUUCCUUCCCCUCUCCCUCCCUUCCAACCAAACAUACCCCAACGAGCAAUCAGCAUUUCAAUUGGACUUCAGAGCCUAUAUUGAUUCGGCAGCAUCAAAUUGAUUUAUCAACUUCUAAUUGAUCCAUCAGCUUCAAAUCAAAUCGUACCUUUGCACUAGAGCUGUGGCAGACUUCCAAUUGACCCAGGCAUUAUAAGAGACUGAAAGAUGUUGAGAAGAUUUUUCUCUGCUGUCUCUACUCCUACUCGUCCAGCUACAGCAGCAUUGCACUCAUCUCUUGGAUUAUCAUCUCCUCGUUUCUCUACUUCCUCAGGAAAUGUUGACAGAAGGAAGGGGAUUGCAUACUAUGAAAAUGGCAUUGCAUCAGUGACAUCAUAUCAUAAGGGUUGUAGUUCCCACUUGUCACAACUUUCCCCAUCUGGUCAUAUUUUUCAAAGAAGAUUUAUUGCCACCAUUGGGUCUUCAGUGGAUACUGUUUCUCAAGAUGCUUCAGCUUCUAACUCUCUGGUAACUCCACGUAUUAAAUUUAAGAGGCUAGAUAAGACUGCAAAGCACAUAAUGCAGAUUCUCGAUAAAGAGGCAGUUGAAGAAGUGAAGACACAGAGAGAGAUACUUGAUAUACGACCUGGCUAUAUUUUGCAGCUCAAAGUAGAAGUACCUGAAAACAAGAGACGUGUUUCAAUUAUAAAAGGAAUAGUGAUAGCCAGAAGAAAUGCUGGGUUGAAUACAACAUUCAGAUUAAGAAGGCUUGUGGCAGGGGUUGGUGUUGAAUCCCUCUUUCAUCUAUACUCACCCAAUAUAAAGGAAGUAAAGGUGGUGGACAAGAAGAAGGUGAGAAGGGCAAAGCUGUACUAUCUCCGGGAUAGAAUGAAUGCAUUGAAGAAGCAAUGAAUGAGUCUACCACAUCCAGGUUCAGUUCAUGGAUGACAUUUUUUGGGGGGUCAAUGUUGGAGACAGAAAUGGAAGGAAAAACUUACCAUUUUAGCAACAAUGUCACUAUCCUAAUUGUUGAUUUUGGUGCUAGAGUUAGUUACCUAUUCUA